GCUUCGCCCCCUUUUCCUUCUCCCUUUACCCAACCCAAUAGGGGAGUGGGCCCGAGACCCCCUCCUCUAUUCCUGGCUUGGAAGCUGCGCGCGCUUCUUCCCCAGAAGGGGAUUGGCGGUUUGGGCGGGGGCGGAGUUUGAGGGUCAGGUUCUCCCCCUCCCACCGUCUGGCUGCUGUCCCUGAGGGUGGCGGUUGCCUCCGCCCUUCGUCCCCUCACCGUUACCUGGGCGGCUCGCCUGGCCUCCUGUUACCUGUGACUCGAGGGAGAGCAGCCCCCGCCCCCGGCUCUCACCUGGAGCCCCUCAGGAGCGGCUUCUUUCGCCUCAUUCCUUCGUUCCUAUAUUAUUAUUCACUCCUUCGUUGGCUUACUUAAAUUGUUCAGACGCUCCCGUCUUCGAAACACGGGUGCACGGAGUGAAGGAAAUUGCGAAUGCGAGUGUACCGUGGCGUUGUUAUUAGUAUUCAAUUGCUCUUUAGUGAGGGGUUGCUUUUUAGUUUCUUCCCCCUGCUUUUCUUUUUUAGCUGAUUCUAUCUGUAAGCUGCCUUGAGUGGGGGCGGGGCAAGGCGGGAUAUAAAAAAAUAGAAUGAUAAUAAGAAAGGUAAUCAGCAAUGCAAUAACACAGAGAGGGUUUUUUAAAACUGCUAGAAAACACACUACAAAAAGGAGAGAAAUGCACUACUAAAUAAAGGGGUUGGACUAGAUGACGCUUGUCCCUUCCAACUAUGCAAUUUUAUGAUUCUAAGGAAACAAAUUGAUUGAGAGGUGGGCCUUUUAUGUGUUUCUGGAACACCAAAGUAAAUGACAGUGCUUUUCCUUUCAUUCAUUCAUGGUAUUAUAGUGCUUUUGUUACUCUGUCCCUCCUGUUUGUAGGUCAUUUCCUUGUUGGUUUUAUUUUUUCCUUAUUUUAUUUGGGAUUGUGUUGCUUUUUUGCAUGCAAAGCAAGGAUACAGUAUUAGAUGUAUAAUGGUUUUUGCUGCAUAGUGUCUCAACGUAAUAUGAAUUUUAAAAAUAUUUUAAAAGAAAAGAAAACACUGUGUCCCCAACAUAUACACCUGCAUAGACUCCAGCUGUUGCCCAAGAGAAGCUCUCUUACAUGUCUUCCCAACCCCCAUCAUCUUUUUAUGCUCCAUAUUCCAAUCAGUACAACCCACCUACUUGCACCUCAGGCUUUGUGACCCUGCACCCAUCCAUUCCCCCUGUCUUGACAGAACAGUCUGCCCUUUUGAUGGAAAUUCAACAUCACUGCAUUGCUAGACUGCAAAUGAAAACUGCAUCUUCUGAGUCUUCCUAUCGAUGAUGAAGAUGAUGGAAAGCAGGAAAAAUAUGGUGAGCUACAGUGUUACUAUGGCUCGUAUUACACUUGAAGAACUGAAUGAACUGGAUGAUGAGGUCCCUGAUGAAGAGGAUGAACCAAUGGAUGGGGAGGAACAGAACAGGCUGUUUUCUCAUUGGGAGACAGUAGCCAGCACUCACCAAGUGUCUCUCCCCCAAGAGAUGGCAGGUCCAAUAAUGCAAAUGGCGCGCCAUAACCAGACUCGAGAGCCUGUGCCCUACGCUACUUUGUCACAGCAUGAGAAGUGUGAGGAGAUAGCCUACGAGGAACGACUGUACCCAGCUGGGAAAUGGGCAUGCAUUACCAGAGGAGAACCCAAAUAUGAGCAAAGCAUCUCUAUGGGUUUCAUGAAACUAAUACGGUACAUCUGCAAGGAGAACUCCCUAGGUCGCCAGUUGGGGAUGACAGUGCCAGUGAUCAACGAGAUCCACCUGAACAAGGAGGGCACAGAAUUGCUUCAAGAAGUCAUCACUGCCUAUUACCUCCCGGAAGAAUUUCAACCUAACCCCCCUCUCCCCUUGGACCCCGACAUCCAGAUACAAGAGAGAGCACCACUUCGGGUUAUCGCCAGGGUGUUUUAUGGGACCACCACAGAAGAAACAAUCCUGCGGGAGAUUCACCUUCUCUGGGAGUUGCUGGGCUCCACAGACAAUGUGCUCCGCGAAACCUACUUGGUGGCUGCGUACCAGAACCCUGGCGUCCCUAACCGCCGCAAUGAGAUCUGGUUUAUCCGGCGAGCAGACUGAGAGCACCUUGAAUCCCUGACAAGAUUACAAUCCACCCUCUGUGACUGGAUCCGGUUUAGAUGGCAGUUUUGAAGGAGAGGAAUGCACAUCCUGACUCACUGUAGAAUAGAUGAAGUGCUCCUUCCCCCCCUGCGCGAACCAAGGAGAUACUAGUACAGAUCUCCCAGAGACGGUUUCCACCCUACUCCUGCAGGGGGUGCUGUGGUGCUGUCGAUGGAGCUGGCGUUGGAAGGAACAAGGGGUGUCUGCUUCAGUGGGCCCUGAGUGCAGCCGUGCCACAUUUGGAUGAAGGCGCAUUAGGAGCACAGGAAGCUGCCUUACGCUGAGUCAGAUCAUUGGUCCAUCUAGUUCAGUAUUGUCAUCGCUGACCGGCAGUGGCUUCUCAGGUGUUCAGGUAGGGAAACAUUCCCGGUCCCACCUGGAGAUGCCCGGGAUUGAACCUGGGACCUUCUGAAUGCAAAGCAGUUGCGCUACCACAGAGCCAUGGCCCUUCCCCCUCCUCGGGGAUUGUAUCAGGGAUUGUAGCUGUUGUGCAAACCACAGCUCACAUUCCAAGGGUUAGGUAUCAAUCCUGAAACGAAUCUAGCGAGAGCAGGCCGGAACACCACUGCCUACAGCCGUGCCCGUAACUGGCAAAUGCUGGUGUACUGGGGCACAGGUUAUGACUAAGUUACUUGUAGAAGGAGGAUUUCACUUCUGAUGCCUCGGAGUAUCCCUUUUAGCCAUGCGCACGAGAAGCUGCUAGUCAGCUUUGUUAUCCAACAGCAGAAGAGCCGUCCCCACAGUUUGGGAUGAGGUAGCUGUAGACUUCCUUGACUGGAAUAAUGUGAACACCUGUCCAGGAGCAAAUGGGAAAUCCCCGCCAAAGGGCUAAGGCUCAAAGGGAGAUCUGAGAAGCAGAGAUCUCUGGCCUAUAAGUCCUCCUGUUUUCCCAAGAGCACAUAGAGAGAUAAAUGCCACCCACUGGCUACCUCCUGCCUAUGAGCCAGUUUCUCGAUCAGGCAGGCUUGGUGCGAGCUGAGCAGGCCACAGAGUACGUGUUAAGUUGUCGCUGGCAGCAUUUUUGUCGCUGUGUGUUGCGUUGUGCAUUGACUGGUUGGUAUCACACUCAUGAAUGCUGCUGUCCUCUCCCAAAGAAGGCUGGUAGCACAAAGCAAACCUGAAAUAAAAUCUAGCCCAACCCUC